AUGCCUGCUUCGCCAACCAAACAGCCGGCCGCGCCUACAACUGUGCAGACGAUCCUCUCUACGAUCAAAGAGACGAUCGCCACUACCAUUAUGCAGACAAUUAUCCCCUCAAAUGCUCAGCUGGGCAGCCCCGGGACGACGCAAUUGACAAAGAACGGUCCUGGAUUCGUCUGCACAAUAACGCCUACAAUCACUACGACGAUCUUUACCCAGGGUAGCACAUGUCCGAAUCCUGUACCCGCGUUUACGCAGACGCAGAUCUUACCUCCACCUCCAUAUAUACCCAUACCUCGCGACGAAGAAAGCCCCGCUGUAACUGGUGUCCCUACGUCCGCCAGUCCAACAUCAGGCAACCCGUUGCAGGAAAACGAUGUUAAAAGAGAUGCAGCUUCAAUUUGGAGUAGGGUGGCUUACUAUACUUCUGCGGCGCCUGCUGCAGCGAGUGGUUUCGCUUUUUUAGCAAAUCUAGGCGACCCUCAGAAGUCCGGCACGUUUGAUUACGCCUUCGGGAACUCGCUCGGCUACGUGAUCGGGGACGGGAGCAAAGUAGCUGCGGACAGCACGCCUUUCGAUGGAACUCUUGAGACAUCGGAGCGCGAGAUCGCCGUCUUUACCGACAAAACAUGCGACAACGAUUGCGAGUACGCGAGGCCAAACGCUACUGCACACUAUGGCUGGGAAGGGCCUGCUAAAGCUUUUUUCAUCGAGUUCCAGAUGGACCAUUACGAUAAUUACGGCUCGGACCAGGGCAUGCUUUCUGACGCACCCGCUUGGUGGUUCCUCAACGCGGCUAUCCCACGCAUCUUGCAAUAUGGCAAUGACCGGAAAAACAUUCCAUGCUCCUGCUGGUCGACCGGCUGCGGCGAGUUCGACGCGUUCGAGAUCUUAGGUCGCGGCGAAACGCGUGCAAAGUCGACGAUUCACCGGCAGGGCAACCUGGAAGGUGGUGACAGCAACUACUUUCUCCGUCCGGUUGGCAGGACGAUCAAAUUUGCAGUCGUUUUCUACAACUGGAAUAUUACGGCAAGAGUCUUGGAUGAUGGGUUCGACUUUGGAGCCGGCUUGACGCAGGCACAAAUUGAUGAUAUUUUGGCGUAUGAUGCGAGUGACAACUCUCAUUCGCUGUUUUCGAUUGGCGAUUGA